GCCGGGGGUCUGACCCUAUCAGCAAAAAACAAAUCAUUGGGACGAAGGCGCGAGUGAGACCUGAGGCAAAUUUUCAGUUAGGUACAAGAACUUCACUGUUCCCACCUCCCCGGGUGUGACUCCUCUUGUUAACGUACUGGAUUCAAGUUGUGUUCUUCCUUUCUUGGAGCCAGUGAUCUGCAGACAUGGGUCUUAAGACUGCGUUACCCAAGGUGGAACUGUGCCUUUACGCCAUGGUGUUAUCCCUGGCCAUUCUGUGGGCAGCAAGCUGGAUCUGUGAAGCAUCAACAGAGAACAUGAACCGGCAGAGUUUUAAGCAGAGUGUCAAACGAGGCUGGUCGUACAUUGGUCGGAAAAUGGAUGUUGCUGAUUUUGAAUGGGUUAUGUGGUUCACCAAGUUCCGAAACUACAUUCUUUUUGCCUUAUCUGGUCAUGUUCUUUUUGGCAAAGCCAUCUCCAUGACCGUACCUCAGCACAGAUCCUUAUAUUUUAUGACUUAUGGGAUAUUUGCAAUCCUGGCUACAAUGGGCACCUCAUACCUCAUCUUAAUCCUGGCCCACUGCAUUCUACUCUACAGCAUUGGCUUAGCUAAACAGAAGUGGCUGUGUUUCGUUGCUGGCCUUUGCAGCUUAGCAACAUUCAAAAUAGAGCCUGUGAGCUCUUGGCAGACCGGGUUUGUGACGGGCACCUUCCAGCUCCACGAUGUCCUGUUUUAUGGAGGGAGUGGCUUCACCAUCAUGCGAUGUAUGAGCUUUGCCUUGGAAAAUGCUGAGAGGAAAGAUGGGAACUUCUCGAUCCUGGACCUACUGAUAUACAACUUCUACCUCCCUUUCUUCUUUUUUGGACCUGUUAUGACCUUUGAUCAGUUCUACGCUCAGGUAAAGCAACCGAAGUUCAUUCGGAAAGAGAAUGAGAUGUGGAACAUCAGGAAAUAUGCUUUAGCGCAUCUUACUGUAAUAAUCCUCGUUGAUGUCUUCUUCCAUUACCUCUACAUUCUGACCAUCCCUUCAGACCUGAAGCUGGUGGCAAGCCUUUCCGACUGGGCAUUAGCUUGUUUGGCUUAUUUCAACCUGGUGUAUGACUGGGUAAAGGCAGCAGUGAUGUUCGGAGUGAUUGGGACAGUGGCCAGGCUCGAUUAUUUCGACCCACCCAAACCACCAAAAUGUAUCACCAUGCUGUAUGUAUUUGCUGAAACGCACUUUGACAGGGGGAUAAAUGACUGGCUGUGCAAGUACGUUUAUGAUUAUCUGGGAGAAGACCACGACAACAUUCUGAAGGAGCUCCUGGCGACAGUUUGCACCUUCUUGAUCACUACACUCUGGCUUGGUCCAGGGAACGUGGUCUAUAUCUGGUCCAUGUGUAACUGCUUUGGCCUCAACUUUGAACUCUGGGUGCAAAAGUUUUUUCAGCGUGAACCCUUCGCAUCAAUGGAGGCUAACCAAAUGUCUGAGCCAAUGUCCCGACGAAUCAGAGGAGUGUUCGGUGCUGCAAACUUCUGGGCUAUUGUUUUGUACAACGUCCUUUCACUGAACAGCGUUGACUUUGCUGUACUGGUCGCUGGGAGGUUGAUCCUCACUGGAUUUCCCUGGAGCCCAUUGAGUAUCCUCUUUGUGACCUACUGCGGAGUUCAGUUGAUCAAGGAGAAUGAACGCAGAUUGGCACUGGAAGCUGACAAAAAGAAAGUGGACUAGAGGACUGGCCAAGAGAGGAGAGAAAAAGGAGAGAGAAAAGCUUCCCUGUGAACAGUUAGUCAACUGGCCACUUGUGAGGUGUACAAGGAAGAAAGGCUUUGGAUUGCACAAACCAGCACUUACCCGAAUAACUUGUAACAUGGCCGAACUGGUCAAUCCCACUCCUUCCCUCCACUCCUACAGGGUGCGAAGAAGACUCCAUUUGACUGUGGCCGGGAUUUUCCGGCUCCGCCCGCCACCCGGAAUCUUCCGGUCCUGCCAAAAGCCAACGGACCUUUGGCUGGCCGGCCGCAUCCCCCACAACAGGGCCCGGCGUGGCGUGGCGAGGCCGGAAAAUCCCGGCCUGUCAAUCUUCAAAAUCUGUGGGCCCUCAUUUUAAUAGCUCGAUCCCUGUCCUGGAGAAGGCCAUUUGAGCCUGUUCUCACCUUCCUCCCCCCGCCCCCCCCACUCCCUCGCACCACCGCCCUGUAGCAGGUUUUCAGGUAUGUGGUAGGGAAAAUUGCUGGGAAGGCCUUUCGGAGUUUUGUGGGUUUUGAACGGCAGGGAUGGAAUUGUUGACUAAAAGACUGAGAAAUAGCAAAGAAUCAUUGUUCCCUAAUUAUUCAGCUGCGAACUUUUUCUCUCUCCGUCCAUGUGUUCCUGACACUCCGCACGCCAGUAAUUAGUUAUUGUCAAAGAUUUAAUUUAUUCUGUUCAAUUCUGAAGUUUUAUAUCACAAAUACAUGGCAUCUCGGGUUUAUGUGAAGGAUAACUAUAGAUAACAGACUGUGAGCUCUCGAACCUCUUCCUCCCAGUCUCACUGCUCCUUCGAGCUGCACUGGUUAAUAAACUAAUUUCUAAGCACUUCACAGACGUAAGAAAAAUAAAUGCAAAGUUGGACUCAU